AUUGAGAAUUGUUCAUUUCUUGUAAUAGCCUAUGCUUAAUAACUCUAUAGGUUAUGAUUCUUAUAGGCUCUGAAACCAAACAUUAUGUCUGUUGUGACAUGACUAAAUUAUUAAGGUAAAUUGUUAGAAAACCUAAAAUCUAUUUAACACAUUGUAUUUUGCCAAUUUUUUUUCUUCUUUCUGUAUUUAGGUGUUCAGUCAGCUUGGAUCUGUGCUGAAAAACUGUGACAUUUCAAUACAUCUGGUAGAGGUGAGCCAAAAAUUAAGUGAGAUUCAAGCAUUGACACUGACUGAAGAGAAGGUCCCAUUAGAGCGAAAUGCUGGAUCCCCAGUAUAUAUGAAAGGUAUUUCUAAGGCUGGGAUUCCAGUAUCCUGGUACCGAGAUCUGCAAGAUGUUCCAAAAGGGUACAGCUUUUAUCUUGCACAUGAAUUUUUUGAUGUUCUUCCUGUGCAUAAGUUUCAGAAAACACCACACGGAUGGCGAGAAGUAUUCGUUGACAUUGAUCCGCAAGUUUCUGAUAAACUGAGGUUUGUUUUGGCACCUUGUGCUACCCCAGCAGAAGCCUUCAUACAGUGUGAAGAAACAAGGGAUCAUGUUGAAGUAUGUCCUGAUGCUGGUGUUAUUAUUCAGGAACUUUCUCAACGCAUUGCACUAACUGGAGGUGCUGCACUGAUUGCUGAUUAUGGUCAUGAUGGAACAAAGACAGAUACCUUCAGAGGAUUUUGUGGACACAAGCUUCAUGAUGUCUUAAUUGCCCCAGGAACAGCAGACCUAACAGCUGAUGUGGACUUCAGUUAUCUGCGCAGAAUGACACAAGGAAAAGUAACCUCUCUGGGUCCGAUAAAACAACAAACAUUUUUAAAAAAUAUGGGUAUUGAUGUCCGGCUGAAGGUUCUUUUAGAUAAAUCAGAAGAGCCAUCAAUAAGGCAGCAAUUACUUCAGGGGUAUGAUAUGUUAAUGAAUCCUAAGAAGAUGGGAGAAAGAUUUAACUUUUUUGCCUUGCUAUCUCAUCAGAGACUUCAUGGUGGAAGUCAUCAGAUGAAUGCAUGUCAGUCAAAACCCUCUGCAUCGCCUGUAGCUGGGUUUGGUGAACUUGUCUGGCGAUGAUAUUUCAAACUUGGACUUUUUAAACCCUCAAUCUGCCUAAGAAAUCAAAAUAAGAGAACACAUUUCAUACAUUGCAGGUAACAUAGUGUUAAAAGCAUUUUAUCUUUUCACAGCAAGAAUAGCCCAUGUUAUGAAUAAUACAACUGGAAUUAUAGAACUUUUAGGGUUAUGACUGACUUUUAGUAAAAGUGUGUUCAAUUUAAUAAAACAACUUAUUAAACUGAGUUUCCUUUAAUAAAGCUAUUUUAUUUUAAAAUUUAA